AUGUCUGAUUUGGAGUGCGGUAUGAUCACAGGUGCAGCAGCAUCGACUGUUCUUUACAAUAUAAGAUUAAGACAUCCUACGCUGGAACUGCCUAUCAUCGACUACGAUCUGGCACUUCUAUUUCAGCCAAUGCUGAUUCUGGGAAUUAGCAUAGGAGUCACCCUGAAUGUGCUCUUUAGUGAUUGGAUGAUCACAAUUUUGCUAAUCAUUAUCUUUGGCUCAACAUCAUCCAAGGCAUUCUUCAAAGGUGUUGAAACAUGGAAGAAAGAAACCAAAUCAAAACAGGAAGCCGCUAGUGUACAGUUGGAUAACUCUGACAACAAAAUUGAAGCAGCGGAGGAGAAUGACCCUCCUGGAGGCACCACCAGUCAAUAUCAAAUAAAAAUCCGAGUCCAAAAAAGAAAAGGUUCGAGAAGUUAUGCAGUCUCAAUUAAAGAGAAUGUUUAUUGGAAGGAACUUGGAAUUCUUGUUGCUGUCUGGCUGAUCAUCCUUGCGUUGCAGAUUGGCAAGAAUUACUCAACCACUUGCUCAGUUGAAUAUUGGUUAUUGAACACAAUGCAGAUCCCGGUGGCAGUCGGUGUAACUUCAUAUGUGGCCGUUAGCCUGUACAAAGGGCGGAGAAAGAUUGCAUCCAAGGAAGAAGCAAGAAAUAACUGGCCUUUGCACAGACUUUUCUUCUAUUGUGUCACAGCUCUUAUGGCUGGCAGAGGUGGAGGCAUGCUUGGACUUGGUGGAGGAUUCAUUUUGGGUCCUCUUUUUUUGGAGAUGGGAAUCCCUCCACAGGUGUCAAGUGCCACUGCCGCCUUUGCCAUGAUGUUUUCUGCAUCAAUAUCUGCUGUAGAAUUUUACCUUCUGAAACGCUUCCCCAUUCCUUACGCUCUCUACUUCUUCGCCGUGGCUACCAUUUCUGCCGUGGUUGGGCAACAUGUAGCAGGAAAGCUGAUCAGAGUACUAGGGAGAGCAUCUCUAAUCAUCUUCACUCUAGCCUUCAUAAUAUUUGCGAGUGCAAUAUUAUUAGGUGGGGUUGGCAUCGGACGCUCGAUGAAACAGAUAGAGAGGAAUGAAUACAUGGGAUUUGAAAACAUUUGCUCAUAGGAAGCAGCUUAGUUUUCAAUUCUCUCUUUAUUUACUACAUCUGAAAAUCCUUUAAUUAUCGUU